CCAUCUGCCACCAUGGUCCUUACCAUUUUACCCAUCUGUGGCAAAGCCCUUGGGGAGGAGAACUUGCCCCAUUCUCCAACCUACAGUUGGAAGGGGAAGGGCUCCUCCCUUAGUCAAAGGCAAAGCCCUCAAACCCUUCCCCCUCCUCUCAAAACCCUUUCUUUCCUCCUCCAACCAAACCUUUCACAUGUAACCUCCCAUACACCCAGCAUUAAAUGCUCCAAACCCCAUCAAAACCCCCUCCCCUUUCCUUUAAAGUGCAAACAGAACCAGAAACGAGAGAAUAUCAUCAUUCCUCCCCUUUGUCAAGCCCCCCCAUAAGAGAUGGCUUCUGCCUCUGGAGCCCUCUCCCACACCUUUCUCCUCCUACUGCUCCUCCUAAUAGCUUCCAUAUCCCCCAGAGUAUCCAUGUCUCAUGUGGCGAGCCAGCCAAUGGCGGCGAUGAAGCCGGUAUCGGGGCCGAAAUCGAUGGUGCUCGAUGAAAUGCUGCUGCAGCAAAGGCGGCGGCUGAAUAGCUUCCGGAUUUGUGCCCUCUGCACUUGCUGUGGAGGCCCCAGGGGCCUCUGCCUGCCUUCCCCCUGCUGCUAUGCCAUCAAGUGCAACAUACCCAACAGGCCCUUUGGCUUCUGCUCCUUCACACCCAAGACUUGUAACUGCUUUGGAUGCCACCUUUAAGUUUCCCUGCCCUCCUCUCCUAAAUUAUAUCAUCUAUCUUCUCUUAGUCAUGAGUCAUUGUGUUGGGAGUGUCAACUGUGAAGAAAGGAUAUCUGUUUUAAUCUCUUUGUUUCUUUUGUAUUGGUUUAUUGUAUAAGCAUGUGCUGCAUUGCAUAAGGUUCUGCUGAUAAUAUAUAAAGUACAUGGGCCUUCUUUCUUUUA